AAAUAUUGCAAAGUCAAAGACUUAUAAGCCCUCAGAAACAUGACUGCCGAAAUUUUUUAAUGCGUUAUACUAUGAAUUUCUACGUAGUAUUUUUCGCAUUCUUAUUCGCCUUGGUUGUGAAUGUUCGAUCUUAUAUAAUUCCACGAGAAACUCCUGUCUCUGAUGGAUGUGCUAGAAUUCAUAAUGAAUUUAUUGCAAAACAAAAAACCAAUUUUAGUUAUGCCGACGUCAAAGAUUGUUAUGAAGGCAUUCCGUUUGACAAAGAUGUUCCUUCUAAGACAAUCGAUACUUUAACUGGUCUUGUCGGUGGAUUUUAUUCAUUUUUGGAUAAAGCAAAGGAACCUCCACAACCCGGUUUUGACUUUAAAUCAAUGGAUUUAACCGAUGUUGAACAUCUCUUUUAUGAUUUGAAAGAUGCGCAUACAGUAUUUAGUUCAGAGUGUUUCACAACAUUUCUUUUCUAUACAAACAUAACAUUUUAUUCCGUUAUUGAUAAUGGAGAACAGAAAAUCAAAGUCUUUAAUGACACUAUUGACCGAUCUAAUGUUGAUUGCGAAGUAACUCAUAUUGAUGGUCAACCAGCAUUACAAGUAAUUUCUGAAUAUGCCAAAAAUUUAGUUUAUGCAUCAAGAGAUCUUGGUGUACGAUUUAAUAUAGCUCUUGAUCUUACCUAUUUAUCAGUAUCUUUUGCUGUACGAUUUGAAAUACCACAAAAUCCAUGUAUCACUUACACACUUAAAUGUGAUGAUACUGAUGAAUUUGAUAUUAAAAGAGAAUGGAAUGCUUUUAGUAGUC